AUGCAUCCGAUGGUGCAUCACCCGGUGGUGAACAAGUUGGCAGUUUUGUUUGAGAAUACAGAUUUUAUACCAAGCCUAGCUUCUCUGUUGGAGUCCCUCGGCCCAAAAGGUGAGGGUGUCUGUCUACGUAUCGACGCAGUAUUGUGUGCUUCAUCAAGCACCUUGAACUUGAAUGGAGCAAAAGAGAAUGUCAACCCGCUGCCAUUGGGAUGGUUGAGUGUUGAAAACAAUCAUGCCUUGACCAUCACGCCGGGGCAGACCGAGUCCUUGAAAUCGUCACCGCGACCCGGUUCUGUCUCGCAACUCGAUAACGUGGAAUGUCAAUCCCCAGUGACCCCACAGUCUUUAUUCUACGAAUGCCACAGUCCCAGACGCAAAACCGUCAGCGGGUUGCGACCAUCUGUUUCAUCGAUUCCGCUAGCGAGGACUGAGCCAUCAGUAGCAGACAGUGAUUCGAAUGAUGAGGAUGAUCCAAAUUCACAUGGUGUAUUGAAUCAACCCAUAGUUCGCCAGCUUCAUAGCGCGCGCUUUCCCCAACGCCAGAACCCAACGACAGGAACGGAGGCACCUACUCUGCAACCUUCUUCCAUUGACAAACUCAUCUGUGGAAUCUGGCGUCAAGUGCACUCGCCUACCACAUUGAGUGUGUCAUUCCCGGACCGCCGACCCGGGAUUAGUCUUAGUACUGGUGUUAGUCAAGAAGUCUUUCGAGCAAUCAGUGGUCUGUGCAAAGAAUACUACAAUCAAAGCCGAUCUUCACGAGCUCUGGAGAUGGUGGUUCAAGCCCACUGGGUGGAAUGCUAUGAAGCUCGUAUUGCAUCUAUUGCCCUGGAACAUCCCAGUUGUACGAAGACGGAAGCCCGGAUCAUGGCCCUCAAAGAAGCCUGCAACACGCUAGCCUGGCAGGAAAAAGAGCUCAGGAAUCGACUUGCGAUUUGGCGUGGUUACAAAGAGAUCAAGGAUUCUGGGGGCUGGGCAAGCCUUGUUUUCGCCGGAUCGGGGGUCUAUCGCUUUUGCAAAUACCGAAUCGGGUUUAGAGACGGUCUCACUACUCGUCUGCGUCAUAUUGCCUCUAGUCUCGAAGUUGCGGCGGAUACCCUGCACCCUGGCUGGCGGGACCUUCUUCGGAUCGUGAGCCCUGACGAACAGCGUCGCUAUUUUGGCCACCCCCAUGAGUGGGUAACCGUCGACACCGGACCCCCUCUGCCGCUCAACAGUACCUACUCUCACCUUUCACUGCCCGAGGGCUUUCAAUUCGAGUUUGUGGAUGACUGUGUCCUCGAUUAUGACAUUUUUGGCCAAGACGAUCCCCGCCGGGUUCCGCAGAUCGAUCCUGAUAUCUGUGAAAUAUGUGGGAAGAAGCAGGCGGACGAUAUUGUCACCAACCAAUGCUACUGCUUUCCGACAUUAUUUGGGAGUGUGCGGUAUCCUCCACCUGUCCAAUUAUAUCAUACUGCAAGUGGAAAGAACAAUGGGGUCAUUGCGCGCUGCCAAUUCGAGAGAGGAACAGCGAUUGCCGAAUUCGUGGGAUACAUUACGCGUGGAAUUGACGGGCUCGACGUCAUGAUGGGUGGAACUCAGGAACGGCCCUAUCAAAUUUUCCAGGGUAAGAUGGGAAAUUUCACACGCUUCAUCAAUCACUCUUGUCGCCCAAAUAGUCAGUUCCAGAGAUUCUACUGGCGCGGGAUAGAGCGUGUUCUUGUGGUCUCGCGGGGAGUCCCGGCCGGAAAUGAGAUCACGGUGGAUUAUUCGGAUUUUUAUUGGAGGAAGUUGAAGAAAAAUUGUUUAUGCGGAGAGCGCGCUUGUCGUUAUGCCCAUCAAGCAGAAUCAUAA